AUGGUCGCCGGUGCGCAGGACGUAGGUGCACGGACCAGUACCCCCACCCCGCUGGCGUGCAGCGUACCACUCACGGAGCUGCUGAGGGGACAGGGUCUCCCGGCUGCGCUGCUGCUACUGGCGUUGACCACCACCGGAGCCACUCCUCUGCGAAGAGCCACGACCUCCUCCUCCUCCUCCCCUGCCACCGCCUCCUCCACCUCCGCCACCUCCACCACCUCCGCUCCCACCGCCACCGCCGCCGCCGCCUCCGCCUCCACUGCCGCCGCCGACACCUCCACCCCCGCCACCACUCCCACCACCACCCCCACCCCCUCCACUGCCUCCACCGCCGCCUCCACCGCCUCCGCUAGCUCCUCCAGCGCCCCUGCCCCCCUUGCCCUUGUCAGAGCGACGCUUCCCACUAGGGGUAGACGCCGCAUCGACCGACUCCAGACCAACGAGGGCGGCUCGGCGGCUCGGCUGCUCGGCGGCUCGGCUCCUGGGCGGCUCGGCGGCUCGGCUGCUGGGCGGCUCGGCGGCUCGGCUGCUGGGCGGCUCGGCGGCUCGGCUGCUCGGCGGCUCGGCGGCUCGGCUGCUGGGCGGCUCGGCGGCUCGGCGGCUCGGCUGCUGGGCGGCUCGGCGGCUCGGCUGCUGGGCGGCUCGGCUGCUGGGCAGCUCGGCUUGUGGGUGGCUCGGCUGCUGGGCGGCUCGGCGGCUGGGCGGCUCGGUUGCUGGGCAGCUUGGCUGCUGGGCGGCUCGGCGGGGCCGCUGAGAGGGUAG